CCUAUUCAAAAAUUGGUUUGGUGUCAAAAUCUUAAAAAAGAGAGAAUAAUUCAAUUAUUAGAAAACAUAAUAAUAAUUGAAAAUACUUACAAUAAUAAUUGAUUUUAAAUUUUCUAUUUAAAAAUUAAUUUGGUAUCAAGUUUUCAAAAGAGGAUACCAAUUAAAUAAUAAAAAUGGGCUAAUACCACUACAACACCCGAACUAUCGCGAAAAUGCCACUUGUGUCCUAUUGUUUCCAAUAUUCCAUCUGUGUCCUGAACUAUGAUUCCGUUAGUGUUGACUUUUGUUGACCGUUAGUAUUUAACAAAAAAACCAGUCAGCAUCUGACGUGGCAUGUGACUUAAAAAUAAUUAAAAUAAAAUAAAUGAAAAUAAAGCCUCUUUCCCCUUCCCUUUCCCAUCUCGUCUCAGCGACGGAUGCGUCCCCUCCGGUCACCCUCCCCGCUCUCGUGCCAAUCGCCGCUCCAACCAUCCACGACCUGUCGGAGCUCACCAUUCCCUUCCCCAGAUUCGGGUACCCCUUCACCCUCUCCAGCGCCUCCUUGAUAACCACAUCUGCCACUCCUCCUUCCUUCACCAAUACUAAGAACUCCCACUCUCACUCCCUACCUUGAAGCAUGAACCCGCAACAAAAUGGUGACGAUGGAGGUGGGAUGAGCUUAGACUCCAAACCAAUUUCCCUCUACAAAAAGGCUUGGGAACGAGUGGGAAGUUGGAACUCUGGUCAAAUUAAUUUCUAAUUCCAAUCACUAAGACCCCAAAUCCCUAAUUGCUGCAAGCUGAAGGGGUUUCGAGGAUCUGGUGGUUGCGCCAUCGAUUGGAGGUGGAGGCUGCUACUCUGGCUUCUGGGAAGUCAGACCCUUGGUUGAAUUGGAGGAGAGAAGGGCCAGGGUCGUCGGUGGCUGUUGGGGGUUCACAGGGAUUCGAGGAGGAUGGUCAUCGCCAUCGAUCUGGGGAAGAGUUUCCUUGAAUCCGAAAAAUUGCAGCAGCAACAGUUGAUUUUGGCGUGGGAUUCCAUCCGACCAUUGAUUUUGGGGGUAUCACUUGAACAAACAUGAGAUUCCAUCCGCGCGACGGUAGUAGAUUUUCAAUUAACCCCAUUCUCUGGGUUCCGGCCAUAGUAGUGGCACAAUGAAAGAUUGGCGAGUUGGGUUAUCUUUCAGAGAGAUUCUCAGAGCCGGAUUGGGAGAUUUUUGGCGAGUUGGCGAGUUGGUGGUGUAGUAAUGGUUUGGCGGUGGCGGCGGGGAGAAGAGUGGAGGCGGCGGUGGCCUCGGGUUCUCGAAGACGAAGCCCGGCGGGAUCGUCACGUUCUCACCGCGGUCGCCGAACUCGUCCUUGUAGUACAGGAGCUGCCGCCGGCGGAGGUAGGAGACCUCAGCUUGAGUGAGUGUUCCAUGGCUGGAAAUGGCUGGUGGGAUCUCUGCAGCAAAAGUGCCCCACUCCAAUGGGGCUUUUCUUUCGAGUUCUUGCUUUGAUUUUCCUCUCAAACAGGAGCCAAAGCUUGAAUCUUUGGCAGAGAAGAAGAAGAGUUUUUUAUUAUUUUGUUUUAAAAUUUUGGUUUAAUAACAUAAUUGAAUUUACAUUUUCUUUAAUUUUAACUCAUUUUUUUUAUUUAAUUUGAAUUAAAAAAAAUAUUAGGUCAAUGACGUGGCACCUAUGUGGCAGCCUCGUUUUUUGCCACGUCAACAAAAGUCAACUUCGCGUUGACCACCGUUUGGUCAACUGUUAUCUUUAACGGUCAACGAAAUUGACAGGAUACAAAUGACACAAAGUAUCAUAGUUCAGGACACAGAUGGAAUAUUGGAAACAAUAGGACACAAGUGGCAUUUUCGCGAUAGUUCGGGUGUUGUAGUGGUAUUAGCCCAAUAAAAAUUGAUGUUUUUCAUAAGUCAAAAAUGAUUUUUUACAAUAAGAAAAGUAGAAGGACCAAUUAAGAAAUUUAGAAAACAGAAUAUUCCAAGAAUAUUCUGUUAACUUUAACGGAAUGCACUUAACAUUAAACUUAAGUGGUACCGGGUGCACAAAUAAUAGAGUUCAGUGGUACCCGACGCCCUAUUCAAACUUAAGUGGUAUGCAUACCCCAAUUCUGAAACUUAAGUGGUAUCCUGGGUAUUUUACCCGGAAGUCUUACAUCCUCCUAAGAGACUAUUUUUUUGUGGGUAGGGAGGGGUAAUGACACCAUAUAUUCAUAUGGCUUAUACAUCAUAGUAAUAGAUAUAGUCGCAUCAAAAUUGAUUGAUAGAUAAAUGUACAACCGAUUGUAACAUAUAAUACUGUUCGAUUCACAUUAGGAUAAAAUCGAUAACAAUGACGAUGAUUAGGAGCCACAACUGGACUCCUUUGGUUUGAUCUAUCUCUUCGGAAUCACAAUUCACACGUGGAGAAGAGUAAGAGGCUCCUGUCAUUUAUAGUCUGGCACCCAAGUUAGUAUGAUACAUGAGUUGUGCUAUGUAAAGUAGAGAGGACUGUGUACGGUUACUGUGCCAAUGGAAGGGAAGAUAUGAUCCCCAGUUUGGGAGCUUGUGUGUUCUUAUAUAGGAGUCUGGGGCUUCCAUGAUAAGAUGUCCUAAAGCUUUCUUGAAGAGACGCCUCGGAGUACCUUAGCUUCCUUAAAGAGACAUUUCAGAGUGGGCCGAGACCCUACGUGAGGUGUCUUAGCAAUGAUCUUAAACUCAUUAAUUCAUUAUGCAUAUUCAUAUGGUACCUCAACACAUGCCAAAUUGUUGCAUUAGUCUACAUUCAUUUUUUUUUUAUAGAAGUCUACAUUCAUUAUGGAAAGAACAAAUAUCUACCAUUUUGUGACUCAAGUCGGUUGUGCUCGACCCAAGUUUUAAGCAAGGAAAUGAGACCACAUCGAAGCUAGCAACAGAACAAGAAUCUAAUAGAAAAUUUUAACAGGUUACAAAAUGAGUAUUUAUGUGUAUAAAAACAGUAAGAUGGUGCUCCGGUCCAAUAUUAUCCUAACGACAUUCAUACAAAAUAAAUUAAUAAAAAUGAUCCUAACAUUCUGUGUCACUGGGUGUGCAUGGUAUCUCUUCAUCAGUUCCUUUCCUGUAUCACUUUCUCAUGUAUGACUCUCAUAAGCUCUCCGAACCCGAUUUGAUGUUGAAUGAAACCUGAGAUGCCUGGUAUUCAUUUAAAACAAAAAAAUCCUAACAAGGCAUCAGCCGACUUAAUUAUCCGGCCAGCAAAAGGAGACCAUAAAAUACAAAAUAUUAUUUAAAUUCUAUGUUAAUGAACUUGGGAAUAUAUGUAUCAUGUCUGGCGCUAGUAAUUGUAUCCUUAAACUAAAGAAGAUUUUAGCUGGUAUCGGUCUGCCAUUUGAAUUUGUUGACCAAGCAAAAUGAAGUGUUGAACUAUUCCAUUAUGAACCCACCUGGCCAUAUUCUUCUCGUUACCAUCUACUAAAAUAUAUUCAUAUGAAAUUCGAAUAAAAUCCAUCUACAUCAUUCUCAGAUAAUUAUAUAUCAAGUUUUUAUUUUAUAAUGUGGAUUUUUUCUUAGAGUGUCACUAUUACUUUUAAGUUAAACAUUGUUUGUAAGAGUGAAGGAAAAUUAGCAAAAUUUGGGUCCAAAAGAUAAUUACAAUACUUGAGAAAUAUGGAUGAAUGAAGUCUUGAAAUGAGUGACUCUAAAUUACGGUAGCAAUAGCACAUAUUCAGGUGAGUUCGGUGUGGAUAUUUGAUAUACUAAAACCGCAAAAAAAUAAUUGUCAUUUUUGUUGGACUCUCGGAUACCCAUCAAAAAAUAAUAUCGGUUGGAUUUUUUCCGACGAAAUUUAUUUGGAUUCUGUAGGAUACACAUGAUGAUGAUGUGUUAUUUUGUCAUCCGUAUUGACAAAUAUAAAGAGCUUUAACUAAUAAUGUCUUAACGUUUAUAAUAAGUCAUAUAACAUCCCGUCCAACAUUAAUUACGUGAAUGAUUACAAUUUUAAAAUUCGAAUAAAAUUAUAAUUCCGAA